AUUAUGUAGUCCAACUAAGCAAUUUCCGAUACAAGGAUCAAUAGGCAAUCGCUGCGUUACUCAAUACAACUGGGAGCGACUCGUUUUGCCUGUAUUGAGGCUUCUCUGUUGUUUUCUGUUGAGGAAAAAUACAUCAUGUAGAGUCAUUUAUCUAUCACACAGCAUCGAAGUUGGGUUUAAGUUGCACAUUCCAGGCAGUUUUACACAAAUUAACGUUACUGUCUUCCUGCGACGUACACAGCUUGUAGGUUAUUGACAAGGGAAAAGCUCGGUGCUGGUAACGUUAGAUUUCUGGUUGUUAACGUUAGCGGUUCUUCCUUCCUCCAGCAUAGUGUCUCGAUUACGAGGCCUUGCAAAGCUACUGGAAGAGGAUAGUUUUCUUCGUAUCUGACGGCUCACCUAGCUGUUUUAUAACUGAAAGAACAUGGACACAUUUAACUAUGUCUACAGUUGUGACUUGGACAUCAACGUCCAACUGAAAAUAGGUAGCCUGGAGGGCCGUCGGGAGAGGAAGAGCUAUAAGGCUUUGCUGGAGGACCCCAUGUUGCGCUUCUCCGGCCUCUACCAGGAGAGCUGCUCAGACCUGUAUGUCACCUGUCAGGUGUUUGCAGAGGGAAAGCCUCUCGCCCUGCCUGUACGCACCUCGUACAAGGCCUUCAGCACACGGUGGAACUGGAACGAGUGGCUGCGACUGCCCCUGAAGUACCCUGACCUCCCUCAGAGUGCCCAGGUGGCUUUGACCGUGUGGGACGUCUAUGGACCUGGCAGAGCCACACCCGUAGGGGGCACCACUGUCACCUUAUUUGGCAAACACGGAAUGUUCCGGCAGGGCAUGCACGACCUAAAGGUGUGGCCUGGCGUGGAGGGGGAUGGGGCUGACCCGAGCUCUACCCCCGGCCGCACCAGCAGUUCCUUGGCUGAGGACCAGAUGGGCCGCCUUGCCAAGUUGACUAAGGCCCAUAGGCAAGGUCACAUGGUUAAGGUGGAUUGGCUGGAUCGGCUGACCUUCCGAGAGAUAGAGAUGAUCAAUGAGAGCGAGAAGCGCAGCUCCAACUUUAUGUACCUGAUGGUGGAGUUUCCCAGGGUGAAGACUGGCGAGAGAGAGUACAGCAUUGUCUACUAUGAGAAGGAUGGGGAUGAUGCCACCCCUCAUCUCAGCAGCUCAGAUAUUGUCAAAGUGCCAGACCCCCAGAUGUGCAUGGAGAAUCUGGUGGAGAGUAAGCACCAUAAACUGGCUCGUAGCUUGAGGAGUGGACCCUCUGACCACGACUUGAAGCCCAACGCUGCUACAAGAGACCAGCUAAAUAUCAUCGUCAGCUACCCUCCAACCAAGCUGUUGAACUCUGAGGAGCAGGACUUGGUGUGGAAGUUUCGCUACUACCUCACCACUCAGGAGAAGGCCCUGACUAAGUUCCUGAAGUGUGUGAACUGGGCGCUGCCCCAGGAGGCCAAGCAGGCGCUGGAGCUGCUGGGGAAGUGGAGGCCUAUGGACGUGGAGGACUCACUGGAGCUGCUCUCCUCGCACUUCACCAACCCCACCGUCCGGCGCUACGCCGUGGCCCGUCUGGAGCAGGCCGACGACGAGGACUUGCUGAUGUACCUGCUGCAGCUGGUGCAGGCGCUGAAGUACGAGAGCUACACAGACAUCAUCGGAGGCCUGGAGCCCAGCAGCAAGAGGGACAGCCAGGGAGGCAUGGGAGAGAGCAGCACGCUGGGGGACCUGGACAGUUCACAGGUCUCCACACCGGCUGCUCCCAGCACACAGAGAGGGAAGGAUGGAACGGAUGGAGAGAACCUGGAGCAGGACCUGUGCACAUUCCUCAUCUCACGAGCCUGUAAGAAUUCCACAUUGGCAAACUAUCUUUACUGGUAUGUGAUUGUGGAGUGUGAAGAUCAGGACACACAACAGAGGGAUCCAAAGACCCAUGACAUGUACCUGAGCGUUAUGAGGAGAUUCAGCCAGGCUCUGCUCAAGGGGCCCUCUCUACAUUUACAUUCACAUUCAGCUUCCACUCACACAGUGGGUGAUGCGCCUCUGUUGGUCAGCCAGCAGACGCUUAGGGACAGACUGGUGCAGCUCAUGAAAGCUGUGCAGAGAGAAAGCGGCAACCGCAAGAAGAAGACGGAGCGACUGCAGACUCUGCUGGCUGAUAAUGAGAAGGUGAACCUGUCGGAGAUUGAGCCCAUCCCCCUCCCUCUCGAGCCCCAGGUCCGCAUCAAGGGCAUCAUACCAGAGACAGCCACCCUCUUUAAGAGUGCCCUAAUGCCCGCUAAGCUGAUCUUCAAGGCAGAGGACGGAGGCUUGUACCCAGUCAUCUUCAAACAUGGAGACGACCUUAGACAAGACCAGCUCAUCCUGCAGAUUAUAUCACUAAUGGACAAGCUGUUACGGAAAGAAAAUCUGGACUUGAAGUUGACUCCAUAUAAAGUCUUGGCCACUAGCACAAAGCAUGGGUUUAUGCAGUUUGUCCAGUCGGUGCCUGUUGCUGAGGUGCUGGCUACUGAAGGAAACAUUCAGAGCUUCUUCAGGAAGCAUGCACCAAGUGAUAAAGGGCCUUAUGGCAUCAGCUCAGAAGUCAUGGACACAUAUGUCAAGAGUUGUGCGGGCUACUGUGUGAUUACGUACAUCCUGGGUGUGGGAGACAGACACUUGGACAACCUGCUGCUCACUAAAACAGGAAAGCUGUUCCACAUUGACUUUGGCUACAUCCUGGGCCGUGACCCCAAGCCUCUGCCCCCUCCCAUGAAGCUGAGUAAGGAGAUGGUGGAGGGCAUGGGGGGCAUGCAGAGCGAGCAGUACCAGGAGUUCAGGAAGCAGUGCUACACCGCCUUCCUACACCUGCGCAGAUACUCCAACCUGAUCCUGAAUCUGUUCUCUCUCAUGGUGGACGCCAACAUCCCUGACAUUGCACUGGAGCCUGACAAGACCGUGAGAAAAGUUCAAGACAAGUUCCGAUUGGACCUUUCUGAUGAGGAGGCAGUGCACUACAUGCAGAGCUUGAUUGAUGAGAGUGUGGGGGCGCUGUUUGCGGCAGUGGUCGAGCAGAUUCACAAAUUUGCCCAGUACUGGCGUAGAUGAGCAGGACUCCGCCUGAUUCGGGCUAAUUGACAGCUGCUUCUAUAGCAACAGAAGAACUCACUGCAAUCAUGAACGAACAAAUGAAAUAGAGGAAGAAGGCAAACGAGAGCCACCGUGCCAAGAUCCAAUGAAGAAGUGUGGACUGCCAACUUGAACCUGAGGAUAUCUCUCGGUCUCUCUCUCUCACACACACACACUAACAGUGCCCUGACUGCUUCUGAGUGUUUUUGUACAUAGGAUAAAUUUGUAAUAUAAAAAACCUGUAUGAAACUGUUUAUGCACAAAGAACAGCCAAAUAAAAAGACUGUGGAGACAA